AAUGGGCAGGGCCCUGGGAAGCCCAUAAAGUGCGGCCCUGUGCCAAGGGGGCUGCAGAUUUGCGCUGGCCUCAGACAAUGACAGGAGCGUCCUUGGGGAACUUUCCCUAACAGGGCGGGGUCUUUUUUCUUUUUCUCACUCCAACUGCUUCCAAGACGCUGAGCAUACAGGACAGGUUGACUUCCAGCUGGCAGUCCAGAAUCACACCACCUGCGGGAAACUUUCAAGUGCACCUCCAGUGUGAUGAGAGCAAAUCCCCGCGAGCAGGCUGAGGAGGCUCCGGGAAGCACGGAAGGGGUUUGCUCAGAACAAAGACAGGCCAGGGAAGCCCAGCCUGCAGCCCAGGUGUCCAGAUAGUGAAGUACCAGGCACAACUUGGAACACAGCUGCCAACGCACAUAAGAAAGGACUACCAGCCGCACCUGCGUGGUGCCUGCUAGACUUAAGUUAGCCCUAAAUACAGACAGCAAUGACUUGGACCUGUUCUUUCAACUUUCUGCAAUUAACAAACCCAAGCUGUCACAAGUGACCCUUGUAACAGGUAUUCCUGUUUAACAAAUGCUUGAUUCACUUCAAAGAGAAUCACCUUUCUUUCUAACGAUGGAUUCAUGGUUUAAAACAGAUUUCUGUGAUUUUUUUGGCAACUCUUGAGACUUGCAUUGCAUGGAGACAUGGAUAUGACUUCUCCAGCACGCAGCUUUGGCAUGGAAACCCACCCAGGCACUAUGCAUCUGGCAGGCUACAACGGCACUUCUUCAGAACUAAACCUGACCCACCCGCCCCAUGGUGCCACCCUUGGGAACCAGACAGGUGACCUCUCUGAGCAUCAGCAGUAUGUGAUUGGUCUUUUUCUCUCAUGCCUUUACACCAUUUUCCUCUUCCCCAUUGGCUUUGUGGGGAACAUACUGAUUCUGGUGGUGAACAUCAGCUUCCGUGAAAAGAUGACAAUCCCUGACUUGUACUUCAUCAACCUGGCGGCAGCAGACCUCAUCCUGGUUGCUGACUCCCUGAUUGAGGUGUUCAACCUGGAUGAGCAGUACUAUGACAUCGCUGUCUUGUGUACCUUCAUGUCUCUCUUCUUGCAGAUCAAUAUGUACAGUAGUGUCUUCUUCCUUACGUGGAUGAGCUUUGACCGGUACAUCGCCCUGGCCAAAGCCAUGCGUUCCAGCCUGUUUCGCACAAAGCACCAUGCCAGGCUGAGCUGUGGCCUCAUCUGGAUGGCCUCUGUGUCUGCCACCCUAGUGCCUUUCACUGCUGUCCACUUGCAGCACACUGAGGAGGUCUGCUUCUGCUUUGCAGAUGUCAAAGAGAUCCAGUGGCUUGAGGUCACCCUGGGGUUUAUCAUCCCUUUCGCCAUCAUUGGUCUCUGCUAUUCCCUUAUAGUCCGGGUUCUCAUCAAAGCUCACAAGCACCGAGGCCUACGUCCACGGAGGCAGAAAGCCCUUCGGAUGAUCUUUGCUGUGGUCCUCGUCUUCUUCAUCUGCUGGCUGCCAGAGAACGUCUUUAUCAGCGUUCACCUUCUACAGAGGACACAGCCAGGGGCCGCUCCCUGCCAACAGUCUUUUCGUCAUGCCUACCCCUUAACUGGCCACAUCGUAAAUCUGGCGGCUUUUUCCAACAGCUGCCUGAACCCCCUUAUCUACAGUUUCCUGGGGGAAACAUUCAGGGACAAGCUGAGACUGUACAUUGAACAGAAAACAAACUUUCCAGCUCUGAAUCGCUUCUGCCAUGCUGCCCUAAAGGCAGUCAUUCCAGACAGCACCGAACAGUCAGAUGUAAAGUUCAGCAGUGCGGUGUAGAAAGCCUUGUCCACAGAGACCAGACAUAGUGCUUCCCAGGAGCUGCAAUCGCCUGGACAAAGUGGGCAGAAAGGGACAGGCCAUGCCAUGUUUAAACCCCAGUCAGACAUUACUGAGGACUCCUGGUGCCUCAAUUACGAGCACACCUGCACAGUGGCCUCUUGCUGCUCUCAAGAGGUUCUCGCACUGCUCACACAGAGCUGCUACAAUUCAGAGAUGCUCACCACUGCAGGCCAUGGCACUCAGUCCAAGGGCCACUGGUGACCAGCUUGUCACUUGGCUCAUUUCUGAACAAAAUGUAUCUUCCAGUGGAAAAGGAUUCUGAUAUUGAUGACCUUCAAAAGCCUAAAGAAGGGAGCACUUUGGGUGAAUAUCUUCGUUACAAGGUAAAUCUGCAAUACAUCUGCCAUCUUGGGGGAAAAAAUUAGCCUGGAGACAGAAUACACUCCACUGGCCUAAGAUGGAUAUGGUGAUUUGUAAUUCACUACGUAGUACAUGCUAAUACUAGCACACUGUAAGCUAAAGAGGAAGAAGCGCUUCUCUUGCACAUACCUGAGCAUUCGUCAUCUCUCAGAACGGCACCCACCACAUCGCCGUAACCUCACCUACGCCUCGUGAGUAACAACUGGGUAACUCGGUCUGCGUUAGCUGGGAAGGCUCUUCUUUAAUGGAAGUAACUACCUGCCUGCUCUAAGAUACUAAAUUGAUUUAGUAACUCUAUUUGUUUACGACAGUCUUUGCAAUUACAAUAAUGUGGAAUAUGACCAGAGGGCCCGCUGUGUGGUUUAGCGGGAUGCCACAGUGAAAUCCUCUGGCAUGUGUGUUAAAGAGCGUGCCUCUAUGAAAAUAAUGAGAACAAUGAUGUGACAAUGUAAACUUUUCUCAUUAAAAUGUAAAAAAAGGAAAAGAAAACUAAUGAUAGUUGGUAAUGUUCAGCCUUUGUCAAUAAAAUAUAGUUGCGUGCUGAUUCUUCUAAAAUGCUCUAAGUAGUUUGC